AUGCUGCCCUGCCCUGCCCUGCCCUGCCCUGGCCUGGCCUGUCUAGUCCUGUCCUGUCCUUGCUGCUCGCGUUACCGCGAACCGAUUCCGCCAGAGCCGACAGCAACCAAGGCGAGGCGAUCGGCAACUGGAAGAGCGCUGCCCGCCGAUUCGUAUCGGAUGUACAUGACAGACGAGCAUUCCCCUGGAUCAUGGUGGUGCGCUUUCAAGGGGACGGAUUUCGGACCCGAGGCAUAUGGAAUGGCCUUUCUACAGUACUACUACGUGUCGUAUCGUAUCUCCACGGACUAUGCGGAUAUUGGAUCAUGGAACUCGUAA